AUGUCGCAGCUAAGUACGGGCCUGGGGGACGCCGCCAGCCCGCCGCCGGCCGCCGCGCCGGUGGUGGCGGUGGUGGAGGCGCCCAAGCCGCCGCAGCCGCCGCCGCCGCCGCUCUAUAGCCGCCCCACCGUGCUGAUGCGCGCCCCGCCCGCCUCCUCCCGGGCGGCCCCCGUCCCGUGGGAUCCUCCUCCCCUGGACUUGGCGCUGCCCCUGGCCGCCUGGCCGGCGCCCCAGCCCGCCUGGGAGCCUCCCCCGGCCCCGCUGCCUCCCGCGCCCCCGGUGGUGGCGGCGGCGGCCGCGGCGGCGGCGGCGGCGGCGGCGGCCGGGUCUCCGCUGGUCCAGCCGCCCGCCCUGGGGCCCCCGCUGGUCCCCGCUGCCCAGCUCGCGGGGCCGCCGCCGCCGCCGCCGCCGCUGGGCAAGCCUCCUCCUCCGACGCCCGGAGUCCUGAUGAUCCACCCGGCUCCUCCUCCUGGGACCCCGCUGGCGCAGCCGCCGCCGCCGCCGCCGCCGACGCCGGGAGUCCUCAUGCUGCACCCGUCUGCGGCUCACGGGGCCCCGCUGCCGCCUCCCCCGCCCCCUCCCCCUCCUCCCCCCGGGACCCCUCUGUCCCACCCUCCUCCGGGGACCCCGCUGGGCCACCCCGGGCUUCCCGGGACCCCGCUGGUGCCCCCUCCCCCUCCGGGGACCCCGCUGGUGCACCCGCCCCCUCCGGGGACCCCGCUGGUGCACCCGCCCCCGCCGGGGACCCCCAUAGCGCACCCGCCGCCUCCGGUGACCCCGCUGGUGCACCCUCCGCCGCCGGUGACCCCGCUGGUGCACCCCCCGCCUCCCGGGACGCCGAUGACGCAGCCGACGGCGCCAGGAGUCCUGAUGGCCCAGCCGAUGACGCCCGGAGUCCUGAUGGUUCAUCCUUCUGCACCAGGAGCGCCGAUGGCCCAGCCGCCGCCUCUGGGAGCCCCGCUGGCCAAGCCUCCGGCUUCCAACCUCAUGAUGAUCCCCCAGGGCGGCAGAGCGCCCAUCAUCCAGCCGCCGGUGUCCGGAGCGCCCAUGGCGCAACCAGUGGCUCCCCCGGCCCAGUCACUGGCCACUUGGGCCCCGCACGGUCAGCCCUUGAUCUUGCAAAUCCAGUCUCAGGUCGUCAGGGCCCCGCCACAAGUUCCCCAGCUCCCUCCACUGCCUCAGAUACCCCAGCUGCCCCAACCGCCCCAGGUGCAGCUGGCCACGCCCCCCGGCUGGCAAACUACCACACCUGGGUGGCAGGCCCCGCCCCAGGCGUGGCAAGCCACGCCCUUGACCUGGCAUACCACUCAGGUCACGUGGCAGGCCCCCGCCAUCGCCUGGCAGGCCCCCCCGCCGCCCCCGCCACCCCCGCCGCCACCCCCGGUGCGCCAGGGGCCCCCCCCAGCCAUGCGUUCCGGGCCUACCCCUAUCCGCCCUGGACCACCCCCAGGCAUGCGGCAGAGCCAGAAUACGGGCCGCCAGGCCUCACCGAGCAUGCGCCAGACCCCGCCCUCCAUGCGCCAGGCGCCGCCGCUGCUCCGCCAGAUGCCCAUCCGGCCGGCUCCGCAGGCCUUGGCGUCUCAGCCGCAGCUCUGGCACACCCUGCCGCCUCCCCCACCCCUGCGGCAGGCCCCGCAGGCUCGUCUGCUGGCCCAGCAGGCCCAGGGGCCGCCACCUGCGCUGCAGGGACCCGUGGUGCUGCCCGUUGGCCCCCAGGCGGCCCAGUUAGUGCUGCCAGUCUCACAGCCUGACCCCGAGGAGGCCCCCGAGGCCGUGCACUGCCCAUCCAUCAUCUGGCAGGGCCCCAAAGGCCAGGUCCUCGUGCCAGAGGAGCUGCCCAUGUCGCUGGAGUACGAGGAGGUGCAGCAGGCCGAGGAGGGACCCAGUCACUUCUGGCAGCCUCUGCCCACCCAGGAGGCCCAGGAGCAGGCCCCCGUGAUGGUCCAGCUGGAGCAGCAGCCCUUUCGGGGGGCUCAGGACCCCCAAAAAGCCAGGCAGACUCGGCUACCCUCCCAGGAGGCCGAGCCCACGGGCUUGCAGGCAGAAAUGCCAACAGUGCAACUGCAACCAUCCUGGGAAGGGUCACCCCCCAUGCUGCAGGGGGAACCCGAAGGACCCCUAGAGGCGACAAAUUUUCCCAGGGGUGCCUCUAGCUCAUUUAUGACUCCAGGAGGAGAAUCUAGGGCCUCUAGCUCUAGAGAGCACGGGGGCUCUUCUAGAGAACGUGGGACCUCUUCGAAGGAGAAAAAGGGCCCUCCCAAAGAUCGCAUGAUCUUUGCUGCCACCUUCAGUGCUACCAGGGCGAUGCCAGUCUCCAGGGCACACCUGCCACCUGCCUGGAGGAACUGGUCAGCCACCUCGGAGACCUGCAUUGCCACCCCGAGGGUCUCUCCAUCUACCUCCUACUACCGGGCUGCCUCUCCUCAUGCCUUCACAGGCCCACUGGCCACCACUGAGGGCCCCAGGCCACUGCCCUUUUGUCUGCCUGGGCCAUACGCCUGCAUGGGGCCACCCCUGCCUGCCGUCCAGUGGGUUCCAGAACCCCAGGUGAAUGCCCCGAGGGCAUUCAAGAGGGUGCCCACCGUCCCCAUGGCGACAGCCCCUGUCCCGAUGGCCACAGCCGUUGUCCCUCCGGUGGUGGCUGCGGCAGCAGCAGCGGCAGUGGCAGCUGCCCCUGCUCAGGAGGACUCCAAGACCGUGGAGCCACCACGCCGCCCGUGCAAAGCCACACGGAAGAAGAAGCAUCUGGAACCUAAAGAGGACAGGGGGGGCCGCCGGGGGGCCAUGUGUGACUUCCUGGGCCUGCCAGCUGGGGAGGAUCCCAGAGUGUGUUACUGGGAGGGACAGGGCUCUGACCAGCUUCUGGGGGACUACCCCUACAUCUCUGGUGCCAUAAGUGGUUGGGAGUGCAACAAUACCUCCAGGAUCCUGAGUGGAUGGGAACCACCCAGCACCUGCUGGGCGGUGGAUGGCCCCAGCACCUCCAGAGCCACAGGUCACUGCAGAGGCCCACACUGCUCUCUGCCAUUAAUCAGUGAGGCCUUCUGUCUCUCUCAGGGAUCCAGGGCCACCCAGAGGGGUCGCCACGGGGCACUGGAGCCAUUGUCUCCCUCAGAUAGGAGAACAGAUCCACUGGUGCAAUUUCUCUUGGUCAGUGACCAAGUCCAGGUGCCCAUCCAGCACUCGGAGAUGGUAAAUGUCGUCCUCCGAGAAUACAACCCCGAGUGCUUUGAUGAUGAUGAGGAGGAGGAGGACGACACUACCACCAUGAAGCGGGGGUGUGCCUUUGGUCGGUCAAAGGGCGGCUGUGCCAGAAGCCGGACCGAUGUGAUCAUGCAGAAGCUGGGGGAGGCUCAGGGUGGUUUUGUGGCUCCCUGCUUAGACAGGCCCAAGUUUGGCCUUCUGAUGGUGGUGCUGAGCCUCAUCUUCAUGAAAGGCAACUGCAUCCGGGAGAGUCUGAUCUUUCAUUUUCUCUUCCGGCUAGGGCUGGAUGUCCGGGAGACCACCGGUCUCUUUGGGAAUGCAAGGAAGCUCAUUACGGAUGAGUUUGUGAGGCACAAGUACCUGGAGUACAGGAGGAUCCCUUGCACUGAGCCAGCGGAGUACGAACUCCUCUGGGGGCCCCGGGCAUUCCUUGAGACCAGCAAGAUGCUGGUCCUGAGGUUCCUGGCCAAACUUCACAGGAUCGACCCCCAGAGCUGGCCCUUCCAUUACCUGGAGGCGCUGGCAGAGUUUGACAGUGAUGAUGAGGAGGAUGUGGAGGUGGAGGUGGAGUGCCUUCUCCUUCUGGGCAGCGGGGCGGCCACUGGUCUCUGUGUCACCGCAGACAGAGAGCAAACCUCAUAA